AUGGGUUCUCACGACGCGUCACUACCACAGGUUCCACCGGCGGGGGUGUGGUGCCCUGCGGUCACCUUCUUCGAUCACAGCAAAGACGCGUUAGACUUGGAGUCGCAGUCGAAGUACUUCGGCUACCUGUCCACGACCGGCCUUGCCGGCCUGGUCAUCCUGGGAACAAAUUCGGAAGCGUUCCUCUUGACUCGAGACGAGCGCUCUCAGCUCAUUGCCGCCGCCCGAGCGGCCGUGGGCCCCAAUUUUCCGUUGAUGGCCGGCGUUGGGGCCCAUUCGACCAAACAAACCCUCGAGCUCGCCCACGAUGCCGCCGCCGCCGGCGCCAACUACCUCCUCGUUCUCCCGCCUGCAUACUUCGGCAAAGCCACCACGAUGAAUGUCGUGAAGAGGUUCUUCUCCGAGGUCGCAGCCAAGUCGCCUCUUCCAGUGGUGGUCUAUAACUUCCCGGGCUCGGGCAAGUCCAACGUAGUCGGUGUGAAGCUCACUUGCGGGUCUGUGGGGAAGAUCACUCGAUUGGCUGCUACGUUCUCUCCCAGCGAGUUCGCGACAUUUGGAGGGCAAUCCGAUUUCUUGAUCGGCGGUCUGGCUGCGGGCAGUGCAGGCUGUAUUGCGGCAUUUGCAAACGUUUUCCCCAAGACGGCUGCUCACAUCUACACCCUUUACCGGAAGGGCCAACUUGAGGAUGCACUGAAACUGCAGCAGAAGGCUGCUCUGGCCGAGAGUCCUAUCAAGAGUGGCAUCGCUUCCACCAAGCACGCUGUCGCAACUUACUCGGCUCGCGCGGCCGGGAUUUCAAAUACAGAAGAGAAACUUCACCCGCGUCACCCUUACGAGCCUGCUGGGGAGCCGGUGAAGAAGGCUAUUCGGGAGACGAUGGCCGAGGUCGCCGAGAUCGAGAAAAGCCUAUAA